AUGGGGUUAUUCAGAAGUGUGGUUUUUCUCUUAGUCCUCCAGCUUCUGCAGGGGUCCGAUACUUCCCUCGUUCAGCUGAAUAACAACGGCUACGAAGGUGUUAUCAUUGCUAUAGACCCUGCUGUGCCAGAAGAUGGAAGAAUAAUAGAACAGAUAAAGGACAUGGUGACUGCAGCGUCUACUUACCUGUUUGAAGCCACAGAAAAAAGAUUCUUUUUCAAAAAUGUUUCAAUAUUAAUUCCUGAGAAUUGGAAGGAAAACUCUAAAUAUGAGAGGCCAAAACGUGAAAGCUAUGAACACGCUGAUGUUUUAGUUGCACCACCUACCCUCCCAGGUAAGGAUGAACCAUACACCAAGCAGUUCACUGCCUGUGGAGAGAAAGGAGAAUACAUUCAUCUCACCCCCAACUUUGUACUUGGAAAAAACGAAAGUGAAUAUGGACCAUCAGGGAGGUUGUUUGUCCACGAGUGGGCCCAUCUCCGCUGGGGAGUGUUUGACGAGUACAAUGAAGAUGAGCCUUACUACAGCGCCACGUCAAAAAAAAUUGAAGCAACAAGGUGUUCCACGGGUAUUACUGGUAUAAAUAGAGUUCAUACGUGUCAAGGAGACAGCUGUAUAACCAGAGAAUGCAAAAUUAAUUCUAAGACAAAACUGUAUGAAAAAGAUUGUCAAUUCUUCCCGGAGAAAGAUCAAACUGAAAAAGCAUCCAUAAUGUUUAUGCAAGCAAUUAAUUCUGUCGUUGAAUUCUGUAAGGAAAACAACCAUAACCGAGAGGCUCCAAGCCUACAAAACAAAAUGUGCAAUUCCAGAAGCACAUGGGAGGUGAUCAGCAAUUCUGAGGAUUUUAAAAACACAGCAUCUAUGGUGGAACCACCCCCUCCACCUGUCUUCUCAUUGCUGAAGAUCAGCCAAAGAAUUGUGUGCUUAGUUCUUGAUAAGUCUGGAAGCAUGGGGGGUUCUAAUCGGCUAAGUCGAAUGAAUCAAGCAGCAAAACAUUUCCUGCUUCAGAUCAUUGAGAAUGGAUCGUGGGUGGGGAUGGUGCACUUUGAUAGUACUGCCUAUAAAAAAAGUAGUUUAAUCCAAAUAAUAAGCAGCAACGAAAGAAACAAGCUCUUGGAGAGUUUACCUACAGCAGCUUCUGGAGGAACUUCCAUCUGUGCAGGAAUUAAAUCGGCAUUUCAGGUAAUUAGAGAAAUUUACCCCCAAAUAGAUGGAUCUGAAAUAGUGCUGCUGACCGAUGGGGAGGAUAACUCUGCAGGCAGUUGCCUGGAUGAAGUGAAACAAAGUGGGGCCAUCAUUCAUUUCAUUGCUUUGGGACCAUCUGCUGAUCAAGCAGUCAUAGAGAUGAGCACCACAACAGGAGGAAGCCAUCUUUUUGCUACAGAUGAAGCUGCGAACAACGGCCUCAUUGAUGCUUUCUCGGCCCUCGUGUCAGGAAAUGCUGAUCUCUCCCAGCAGUCUCUUCAG